GGGCGCCCCGGCGUUGCCCUCGUCACCCACGCAGCGCCAUGUCCUCCUGGAUGUUCAAGAGAGAUCCUGUUUGGAAGUACUUGCAGACUGUCCAAUAUGGAGUCCCCGGAAAUUUUCCACGCCUGUCAUAUCCAACUUUCUUUCCCCGUUUUGAAUUCCAAGAUAUUAUUCCUCCAGAUGACUUCCUGACUAGUGAUGAAGAGCUCGAUUCAGUUUUAUUUGGAACUCUGCGAGGUCAUGUAGUUGGACUACGCUAUUACACAGGAGUAGUUAAUAAUAAUGAAAUGGUCGCAUUACAACGAGAGCCCAAUAACCCCUAUGAUAAAAAUGCAAUUAAAGUAAACAAUGUGAAUGGCAAUCAGGUUGGCCAUGUAAAGAAAGAUCUAGCAGCUGCUUUGGCCUAUAUCAUGGACAACAAAUUGGCACAAGUUGAAGGGGUAGUUCCUUUUGGUGCAAACAAUGCUUUUACUAUGCCUCUGCAUAUGACUUUUUGGGGUAAAGAAGAAAAUAGAAAAGCGGUUUUAGAUCAGUUGAAGAAACAUGGAUUUAAAUUGGGUCCUGCACCAAAAACUUUAGGAUUCAGUUUGGAAAGUGGUUGGGGCUCUGGAAGAGCUGGACCAAGCUAUAAUAUGCCAGUUCAUGCUGCAGUACAGAUGACAACAGAACAGCUUAAAACAGAAUUUGACAAAUUGUUUGAAGAUUUAAAAGAAGAUGAUAAAACUCAUGAAAUGGAACCAGCUGAGGCUAUUGAAACACCAUUGCUCCCACAUCAGAAACAAGCUCUAGCUUGGAUGGUUUCACGGGAAAAUAGUAAAGAACUUCCACCGUUCUGGGAACAGCGAAGUGACUUAUACUAUAAUACAAUAACAAAUUUUUCUGAGAAGGACCGACCAGAAAAUGUCCAUGGAGGAAUUUUAGCUGAUGAUAUGGGUUUGGGCAAAACUCUGACAGCUAUUGCAGUAAUUCUUACCAACUUCCAUGAUGGCAGACCCCUUCCUGUUGAAAGAAUGAAAAAAAAUCAACUGAAAAAGGAAUGUAAUGUUAAUGAUGAAUCUAUGAAACUUGGAGGAAACAAUACCAGUGAAAAGGCAGAUGGACUAAUCAAAGGAUCUAGAUGUAGUGGAGAACCCAGUAUUUCAGAUGUCAAGGGAAAGAAUAAACAUCCCAAGUCAGAAUUGUCUAGUUCCUGCCCCAAAAGAAGAAAAACUGCUGUCCAGUACACUGAAAGCAGUGAUUCAGAGGAAACUGAGACAAGUGAAUUGCCGCGGAAAAUGAAAGGCAAACUGAAAAAUGCAGAGUCAGAGACUAAAAGCAGAGUAAAAGCAGGAUCUUCUAAAGUUAAAGAAGAUGUAGAGUUUGCAUGUGCAUUUACUUCAUCUACUCCUGCAACAAAAAAGAAGAUGUUGAAAAAGGGAGCAUCUGCAGCGGAGAGUUCAAAGAAAACUGAUGUUGAGGAGAGACCAAGAACAACACUGAUCAUCUGUCCACUUUCUGUGUUAAGCAACUGGAUUGACCAAUUUGGACAACAUAUAAAAUCAGAUGUGCACUUGAAUUUUUAUGUUUAUUAUGGUCCUGAUCGUAUUAGAGACCCGGCCUUGCUUUCAAAACAGGAUAUUGUUUUGACUACAUACAAUAUUUUAACUCAUGACUAUGGAACUAAAGGUGAUAGUCCAUUACAUAGCAUAAGGUGGCUAAGAGUGAUCCUGGAUGAAGGACAUGCCAUACGAAAUCCAAAUGCUCAGCAGACAAAAGCUGUACUUGAUUUAGAAGCAGAAAGAAGAUGGGUAUUGACAGGUACUCCAAUCCAGAAUUCUUUAAAGGACUUGUGGUCUCUUCUUUCCUUUUUAAAACUUAAACCAUUUCUUGAUAGAGAGUGGUGGCAUAGAACAAUACAGCGUCCUGUAACAAUGGGAGAUGAAGGAGGACUUAGGCGUUUACAGUCCCUAAUUAAAAAUAUUACACUUAGAAGAACAAAGACAAGCAAAAUUAAAGGAAAACCUGUUUUGGAGUUACCAGAACGUAAAGUAUUUAUUCAGCACAUUACACUUUCAGAUGAAGAGAGAAAGAUUUAUCAGUCUGUGAAAAAUGAAGGCAGAGCUACUAUUGGAAGGUAUUUUAAUGAAGGAACCGUCCUUGCACACUAUGCAGAUGUCCUGGGUCUUCUGCUGAGAUUGCGGCAGAUUUGUUGUCACACGCACCUUCUUACAAAUGCAGUGUCUUCUGGUGGUCCCUCAGGAAAUGAUACACCUGAAGAACUACGAAAGAAGUUAAUAAGGAAGAUGAAGUUAAUUCUGAGCUCAGGUUCCGAUGAAGAAUGUGCAAUCUGCUUGGAUUCUUUAACGGUUCCUGUCAUAACACAUUGUGCACAUGUCUUUUGUAAACCCUGUAUUUGCCAAGUCAUCCAGAACGAGCAGCCGCAUGCUAAGUGUCCUUUAUGCAGAAAUGAUAUACAUGGAGACAAUUUAUUAGAAUGUCCUCCAGAAGAAUUGGCAUGUGACACUGAGAAAAAGUCUAAUAUGGAAUGGACAUCCAGUUCAAAGAUUAAUGCUCUAAUGCAUGCAUUGAUUGACUUAAGAAAGAAGAACCCCAACAUAAAAAGUUUAGUUGUUUCUCAGUUUACGACAUUCCUGUCUUUAAUAGAAACACCUCUCAGAGCUUCUGGAUUUGUGUUUACACGUUUGGAUGGUUCCAUGGCCCAAAAGAAACGAGUUGAAUCAAUUCAGUGUUUUCAAAACACUGAAGCAGGAUCUCCAACUAUAAUGCUUCUAUCCUUAAAAGCAGGUGGAGUUGGUUUGAAUCUUUCUGCAGCUUCUCGAGUAUUUUUAAUGGAUCCAGCCUGGAAUCCAGCCGCUGAAGAUCAGUGUUUUGACAGAUGCCAUAGACUUGGCCAGAAGCAAGAAGUUAUCAUCACAAAAUUCAUUGUGAAGGACUCUGUUGAAGAAAAUAUGCUGAAAAUACAAAACACGAAGAGAGAACUUGCAGCUGGAGCCUUUGGAACUAAAAAAACAAAUGCUAACGAAAUGAAACAAGCUAAAAUUAAUGAAAUCAGAACUUUAAUUGAUUUAUAAUUUAUGGGAUUUUGGUAAGGUCAAUUUGAUCAGAUAUAUACAGAAGUUUUGGAACUGAGAAAAAUACAGAGUUUUAGAAAUGAGAUCUAGAGAGUAUGUCUUCUAAAAGGGGCAUAGAGUUUUUAUAUUAGUGAAGAGGUAUUACUGAUACAUAUUGUCUUCUAUAUAUGAACCUAUUUUUAAUGAUAUUUCAUAUAGCAAUAAGUUCUGUUAUAUACUGUGGCCUAAAAUAAUUUUUUGAGGAAAAAAGUUACUUUGUUAUUCAACUUUUCAUAGUAUCUAUGCUGAGUAUUUUCAUAUAACUUCCAAGUACUCAGCUUUUUCAUAUUUCAAAUAAGGUCAAACCUUUUAUACUUUUGACCAAAUAAAGAGUUAUUUUCUAUGUUGGACACAUUUGGUUAUUCACCAAAGCCUCCCAUUUGUGAUGCAAUGGAUUCACAGUCCUUGUAAACAAUUAAUAUAUAUACAUAGACUAUACAAGAGAUUGAUUUUAUUGGGCUUUCAAACCAUAUUUGCAUUCCAGAACCAAACCUUAAAUGAGAGACCAAAGUCCAGGUUAGCAAGUUACUUGUAAUUUUUUUUUUAACAGUUUCAUUGAGAUAUAAUUCACGUAAGUGACUUGCAAUUUAUGUUCAUGAAAAAAAUUAGGGACUGUGUUAGACCACUAUUUUCUUUGUUUUAGUCAGGUAGAACUAUUAUUCAUUGUUUAAAUGUAACUUGAUGUGUUAGUGUGUAAAUACAGUCUGUCCCUAUGAGAGGGAACCAAUUCUACCCAAUUUGAUUUGAAUAUUUAAAUUAUGGAAUUGCUGAAUAGAUAUUUCUAUAUAUAGAUAAUUUUUAUUUAUGUAGCUUUUGUUUUAAAGUAACUCUAUAAAUUUUUAUAAUUCAGAAGACUACUAUAUGUGAGAGGCGUGAUAUCUGGAUGGAAGUUGGGCUGGAUGACCUCCAAAAUCGUUUCAACUCUUAAAGACAUCUUAAUCCUGAAUGGAAAAGUUUCUUUGUCAUUGUGUUUAGAAUCAGAAUUUGAUUUCAGAAUUUCAGUAACUCAUCCUUAUAUCUAUCUAUAGAAUUAGUCAUCUUUUUCUUACUUUUUUGUUAAUCAAACUCACAGUAGUUGCCACACAAUUCUAGAUGACUCUGAGUCACAUUUAAAACCAAUAAGCUAUAAAUUUAGCAAUCAGGUUACGUAGUCAGUGGUGUUUUUUCCUUAAGGGAAACUUUUUUUUUAAUCCAAAGAAAGAAGAGAUUAAUUACUGUAACAGGAGAAGCUUCAUGUUUGAUGAUACGGACUUAAGAACACUGUAUAUUUUACCUAUAGCAUUAGAAGUGACUUGACUGAAAGAUAAGAUUGGAGGCAGCAUUGUGUUGUAGGGCAUGCAUCUAAGGUAUGUUGCUAACUCUUAUCAACAGCUAAGUCCUCCCCUCCCAGUGCCCUGUCUCUUACUCCAAGGGGACAGUGGAUUAUAGACAGUAAGAAUCUUGCCCGUCCCUUUUCUCUUCAGCAGCAGGUGAGGCAGAGGGCUGAUGAAAAAGACCAGCAGACCUUUCUGCAGGGAUGAGAGUAGAAUAAUAACUUGAAGUUGGUCCAGUAGCAUUAGGAGCAAUAGGGAAGUUCUUUACCUUGCAGGACUAGCGUUACACAAAAGAAUCAGGUUGAUCAGAAUCUCAUGAAAUGUAGUAUGUGGGUUCUCUAUAUACCAGUACUCCAGUGAGAUGAAGUAUAAAAAGAAUUUUCAACAAAAAUACAGUCUACUCUUCUUGCUUACAAAGACAAAGCCUUGCAAACUCACUGUAAAGGUGAAGACUUUACUUGCUUCUUUACCCAAACAUUUACAGAUUUGUGUUUUUAAAACACAUUCAUAAUGAUAAAUUUGGCAAGUCAUUUAAAAAAUACCAUUUUGUUUUUGUACAGUUCUAUUAAAUGGUGUUAAAUUAAAAAUUUGAUUCAUCCUGAGAAAAUAUAUAAACCACUGGAAUGAAAAGUUCACAUUAUGCUAUGCUGUUUCAUUAUUAUGUAGAAAAAUAGCUUUAGAAAUAUCUUGAAGAUGUAUUCCCACUUGUGGUUCAAACUGAAUUUUGUGGUUCAAACUGGAUUUUGCUUUAAAUUUAAAAUCAAUAAAAGUUUCAAAAAUU